AUGACGAAAGUUCGAUUAGGGGAAGCGCAUGAAUUGCGGUUGGACGUCCCAGACGACCCAUACGCAUUGAGGGAUCCUCUUCUGCAGCAAUACAUCGAAGUUCCGACCGAUUCCCGACAGACACGGCAGAAUUCUUCACGAUUGACGCCGCCGUCGUCGAAUCCCCUGGUCCGCCGACGCCGGUGUGCCCCAGUAGACUCCACGUCCGCAACUCCCACUACACGCGAGACAUGGUCAAGUGAGAGAAGGAUCCUAGAUCGCGAUGCUGCCUUUUGUCAGUCGCGGGGUCGUUGGAGAGUGCAGCACGUUUCUCGAGAAGCAACCCGACACCAUCACUUGCCGGGAGGCACACGUCGGCGUUUGACGAUUUCCAAGCACCUGUGGGAUACCUGGUUCUAUUCGCUGGCCUACCAACGCACUAUUGUGCUCAUGGCGAUUCUAUUUUUGACUUAUGCGGCCAUUGUCUUUAUAUUCGCGAGUAUUUAUUACGGAGUCAACAGGUUGGGAGAAGAGCAACAGCUCAAUCCGGAUGGUUCUAUUUCGAGACUCGCUUUCUGUUCCAUGGACAUAAAUAACCACAUGGAAGCCAUGUACUUUUCGCUCUCCACGAUGGCUACUAUUGGAUACGGGGUUUCCGAUUACUACUUCGGUGGGUGUUGGACACCGUUCUUGUUGGUUCUUUGUCAAGUCUGUUGUGCCAUUACUUUCGACGCCGUUGCUAUUGGUCUCCUCUUCCAGCGGAUCAGUCGCGGACACAAACGGGGGAAGACGGUGCUGUUCUCCGACAAGGCAGUCAUUCAGCGAGUAAAUGGCACGUUGUAUCUCAUGUUUCGCCUCGGAGAGCUUCAACACCACCAACUGCUGGAGUCCUGUGUCCGCGGGUACUGUGUCCGACACGAACGACACCCGGUCGAAUCCAUCAUCCAACGUAACGAGAACAAAGAUGCAGACACUGUAGAUACAAACGCUAGCGACCAGAAAGUUCGGUCAGAGCUACCGGUGGAGACCACACACUUUGUGACACGAGCCGUUCGGUUUUCCCACGAAGAUGUGACCUCGCACAUUUUAAUGAGUCUACCACAAGUUCUGGUACACCGGAUUGAUGAAACUUCACCGUUUCUCCCACCAUCUAUUUGGUACGAUGCCCAAGGGAAAAUUCAUUCGUUGGACGAAUCUCCUUGUACACUGAGAAGCAGCAGCAAGAACGGUCUUGCUCUGACGAAAAGCCCUCGCGACUUUGCGGAGGAGCAUCUGCAAUACGUGCAGCGUUUUUGGAUGGACAGAGAGACCGAGAUUGUGGUCUUGGUGGAAGGAACCGACGAGCUGACCGGAGCCUCGAUCCAGACGCGUCAUUCGUACACGUGUGCGGACUUGUCUUGGAAUGAACGCUUCGUUCCGUGCGUGUUUCCCUACGACGAGACUGAAGACACUGCGGCGAUUGGGCCUCGUUCCAUCUUUCGUCAAUGCCGCCCAAACGCGGCGACCAAGCCGGUCUGUGUCGUUGACUUUGAAUGCUUUCACGACACGGUCCCGGCCGCCUGGAAUUCAUCCAGUAGCCCUCACGUGGCUUUUCAUAACUAA